AUGGUGAGCGUGAGCUUCCUGGCUGCUAUCGUCUCGGACUCGGGACGUGCCACUGCCACCGUGCCUGACACAUCCCUGAGCGAGCAGCGCCAAGCAGCAAUGCAUACCUGUUUUUCCAUUCCCAAGAAAUCUAGGUUAGUUGGACUGCAAAAGCGAGAGUCAUUAACAGAGAGGUUGACGGCAGCUGGCGAGUUGGAUGAGGAUGGCGGUACAUCGACGGCCAUUACUCCGUCUGUAUCGUGGGUGGCUGCAUGUGGCAACUGCAAUGUGACUUUGAACAGCGGCCCGGCAUAUCGACCCAAGGUUGGUGAGGCAGCACUGGCUCGUGAGUUGAGCAGCCCGUCAUCUGCGCCGAGACUCGAGAAUAGGGAUCUGCAUAUGAAGCUAGAAAACAAACAUGAACAUGAUCUGACAGACCCGGCGGCAGCAACGCAACUGGGUCGAGUCGAGAUGAGGUCCUAG